AUGAAGUUCCCACUUAUCCUGUCCUUCAUAGGAGCAGCUGUUGCUUUCUCCAGUGAUGAUGACAAGAUAGUUGGGGGCGAAACAUGUGAGGAGGCUUCUGUCCCUUUCCAGGCGUCUCUGAAUAUUGGCUACCAUUUUUGUGGUGGCUCUCUCAUCAAUGAACAGUGGGUGGUGUCUGCUGGUCACUGUUAUCAUAUAGGUCGUGUCCAAGUAAGACUUGGAGAGCACAACAUUGAGGCUACUGAUGGAAAUGAACAGUUCAUUGAUUCAGAAAAGAUCAUCCGCCACCCUAAGUACAACUCCAGGACCCUAGAUAAUGAUAUCUUGCUGAUCAAGCUGAAGACUCCAGCCGUCCUUAAUGAAUAUGUGAAUACCAUCUCCCUGCCCAGCGCUUGUGCUGCUGUAGGCACUGAGUGCAUUAUCUCUGGUUGGGGCAAUACUCUGAGCUCUGGGGCCUACUAUCCUGACCUGCUUCAGUGUUUGGUUGCCCCCGUUUUGUCUGAUGCUGAUUGCAAGGCCUCUUACCCUGGAGAGAUCACUGACAACAUGAUCUGUGUUGGCUUUCUAGAGGGUGGCAAGGAUUCCUGUCAGGGUGACUCAGGUGGCCCUGUGGCCUGUAAUGGAGAGCUUCAGGGUAUCGUCUCCUGGGGCUAUGGCUGUGCUCAGAAAAAUAGGCCUGGUGUCUACACCAAGGUCUGCAACUAUGUGGACUGGAUCGAGGAAACUAUUGCUGCCAACAGCUAA